AUGAGCUCCACCCCCGACCCGGUCUUCCUCCGGCGGUUCAUCAAUCAGCAUGGCGGCGCCCGACCUAUCGCCGAUAGUGACUGGUACGGCCUCGUCGCGGCCAUAGUUGGUUCAUGCGCUCUCAUCGCCCUCACCCCGCCUACACGCGGUUGGAAGCUCGUCCGCGCGUCCAUCCUCCCGUUGAUGAUGAGCUAUCAGGCGUACUUCUUCCUCUUUCCUCUCGAGCACGACUGGGAGACACACUGGGGAAACACGACGGGUCAUCUAUGGCAUCUCGAGAAGGCGCUCGAGCUGCUUCUCCUCUAUCCCGCAGAGGAGUACUGGUACCGGCUGCGCCCGGCUCCGGUUAUGGCCGAGCUCGGUAACAGCGCGGACAAGGAAGGCGAAGGGAAGAAGGGGGAUAUGGUGGCUGAGCCUGUACCCCCUCCCAGGACGCGGGCCAAGCUCUACUGGGUGCUGGGCGCCUGGUUCUCGCAGAGAGGGAUCGGGUGGAACUACACCGCCCCGUUACCCGCAAGCUCCAGACGACACCCCUUCACUCGGCAAUCCGGUCGGAUAGCCUUCCUCCUUAAUCGGCUGCGCUAUCUGACGGCGGGAUAUCUAUGCUAUGAUCUCGCACGGGCAUACAUGACCUUCGGUCCCGGCGCAGCCUUCUUCCGCGGUAUACCCGGAAUCGCCCCCUCACACGAAACGCUCACCAUCCCCCAACGAGCCCUCUACUCCGUCCCCAUCGCCCUCCGCGUCUUCUGGUCCAUCGAGGAAUGGUACACCCCCAUCUCAAUCAUCGCGGUCGCGCUCGGCGGUGUGCUGGGAUGGGAGGGGGAGUGGUGGAGCCCGUGGGGGUGGCCGCCGCUUUUUGGGACUAUCAGGGAUCUGUGGAUACAUCCGGGACUGGGGCAUAUGUGGUCAAAGACCUGGCACCAAUACUUUCAUCACUGGCUCAUCCUAUUCGGAUGGAUCGGUAUCGGAGAGAACAUCCUGGGUCUCCCUGCGUCCGGAAUCUCCGUCCGACCUCGCCUAGCAGCUUCUUCUUUUCAGUCCGCGCCUCCAUCCGAAACCUCGUCACCCUCCACCCGCUCCGCCUCUCCUUCUCAUCCGCUCCCUACCGCCCCGACUACCUCCAAACGGCGUACAAGCACCAAGAUCAUGCUCUCCAACUUCCUCAAAUCCCUCAUCGUCUUCGCCCUCACCGGUCUCCACCACGACAUCCCCUCCUACUUCCUCCAACUACACACCGCGCCCGCCGGCGAGCCCAUCACCCUCGCUCAGACCUUCUCCACGACCACCUUCUUCCUCCUUCAGCCUCUCGCGCUCGCGGCCGAGGCGUUCGUGAAGCGGAACUGGCGGUCCUGGAAGGACCGGGCACAUCCUGAGUGGGCCAAAGGCGAAAAGGAGCCAAAGUGGCUGGUCACGGUCGAACGUACGAUUGGGUUCGUGUGGACAUGGUGGUGGCUGGGACAUACGGCGCGGUAUUUCGUGGUCGGGCUGACCAAGGCGGGGAUGUAUCGGCACAAGCCGGGGCAGAGGGAGAAGUUUAGCCCGGUCGGAGGGUUUAUUUACGGACAAUGGUGGUACUAG